AUGAUUAUUGAUGAAGAAAACGGGCCCAUAUCCAAUAGGGCGCGGAAGCAAAACAUUCGUUCGUGCAAGGUUGGAAUUAUGCCCAGUCAGGUCAUGAGUGUUCGUAGCGUUGCUAGGGAGCCGAGUAGUUCUUUCGGGCCGGAGGAUCACGCCGGGCUGGUUCACCCACAUGAUGACGCUUUAGUCUUAUCUGUGGAUGUAGCGUAUUGCACUGUGCAUCGCAUAUUUGUAGAUUUGGGUAGCGCUCUGAAUAUAAUAUACAAAGACCGUUUGAUAGCGAUGGCUCUAGAUGCCACCUUGAAACUGCUAGGCAAUCUACUGUAUGAUUUUACGGGAGAAUCUAUUUUACCGCUAGGAUCGUUGGAGCUACCAAUGACGUGGGGAAAGGAAUGGGCCUCGCGAACUCGUAUCCUAAAAAUUUUAGUGGUAGAUUUUCCAAAACCAAGUUAUAAUAUCAUCAUUGGGCGGCCUGCGUUGAAUGCUUUUCAGGCCGUGAUCUCUAUGUACCACCUGAAGAUGAAAUUUUCGCUUGAAAAUGACAGGGUUGGGGGAGUGAUUGGGAGUCAAAUCACAUCAAAAGAGUGGUGUUUUGUCAAAAGCUUAACGGCCCCGGUUGGCUCCAAAAGAACACAGAGUUGGCAAGGAGGGCCAGCGGAGAAGAUCGCCAGAGCUGGAGGAAGCUCGGGAAACACAGCCAAACAAGCUGAGAUAGAGGAGAUCGGGAGGUUUCCCGAAAAGCAACCAAUGAUUUCAACUGAUGACAGAUGUAUGUUGAUGGAGCUAUUCCCAGGAAAGACAGGUUUCACUACUCGGGUGGGAACUGAGAUGUCUCCAUCCCUGAAGAAAAAAAUGAUAGAAUGCUUGCGGCGCAAUGCCGACGUGUUUGCUUUUACCACAGUCGAUCUAAAAGGGAUUGAUCGGACACUAGCAGAGCAUCGCUUGAAUGUUGAUCCAGCAAAGAAGCCGGUUAUUCAAAAAAUAAGGCAUUUUGGACCAAAAAAUGACGCGGCGAUCAGGGAGCAGGUGAAAGCUCUGUUACAAGCAGGUCAUAUAGUGGAAGUGUUAUACCCUGUUUGGUUGUCAAAUGCAGUAAUGGUUGAGAAGAAAGAAAAAGAAUGGAGAAUGUGUGUUGAUUACAGAGACUUAAAUGCAGCUUGCCCAAAGGAUUGUUAUCCUUUGCCCCGUAUAGAUCACUUAGUAGACUCAACCGCUGUGUGUGAGUUAUUGUCCAUGAUGGACGCUUUUCAAGGCUACCAUCAGAUCAGCAUGCACCCGGAAGACAUAGCAAAAAUAGCAUUCACGGUGUGUUGCGGGGUUUUUGGGUUUGCGAGAAAGCCAUUUGGGCUUAAGAACGCCAGAGUAACGUAUCAGCGCAUGAUGGAUACAAUUUUCCAAAAUCAAAUCGGGCGCAUCAUGUCAGUAUAUGUCAAUGAUAUGAUGGUGCAAAGCAGAGCUGCCACUUCUCACCCAUCAGACCUGGAGGAGGUGUUCAAGGUUAUCCCACAGAACAGGCUAAUGUUGAACCCGAAGAAAUGCACAUUCGGUGUCAGAACUGGAAAAUUCCUGGGCUAUCGAGUGACCCCGUAG